AUGGCCUCGCUCAAGCAUUUCUUUGAGAAAGGGAGUUCUCCUUCACAUCAUGUUGAUAAAAUCUUGAGACAUAUACAGUUUCUCAGCCUCAAAAUCGGCAGAAUCAUCUGCUUCGAGCUUGUGGCAGUGAAGGUGGAGAAACUUAAUUACAAUGUUCGAAAGAUGUUUGAUCGACCACCAAAAGAAGAAGUUGAGAAAGCAAGCCUCGUGUGCCUUCUCCAUGCCAGAACCCGUCUAAAAAUAAAUCAAGCAUUGGCUUAUCUCCUUCUAUGUACGCUUUAA